AUGGAGAGCACAAGAGUGUUUGUGGGUGGUCUUCCACCUACAUGCUCCAAUGAUCAGCUCAAAAAGCAUUUUUCAACUCGCUUCCAAGUCACAGACGCUCAUGUCCUCCCCAAACGUAGGAUGGGCUUCGUUGGCUUCAAAAGCCAUGAAGCAGCACAGCAAGCUGUGAAGCACUUCAACAAGACAUACAUGAAGAUGUCAAAAAUCUCUGUAGACAUCGCUCGUCCGAUCGAUUCAAAUGCCGCUGAGGAUGCUCAUCCCACACGAAGACGUGAUGCCACGAAUAAUGAACAAUCGGUGGAUAGCAACCUCAAGCGGAAGAGGGAAGACAAGGCACAAGAUCCCAAGCUGCAAGAGUAUCUCUCUGUAAUGGGAGGCUCAUCCAAAACCCGGACAUGGGCCAACGAUGAUGACAUGAUUAAGCCGUCUGCAGAACCUGCUCCCGUUAUUAACCAGCCUACCCAGGAAGAGGCCGAGGAAGAAGAGUUCCAGGAGUUGCCCUCGAACCCCAAGAAGGCUAGAACAGAAAAGCCUGUCACUCCUCAACCCCCUCAACCCGAGCCCAUGGUCGUUGACCAGAGUGAAGAGGUAGAAUCACAGGAAGCCCCUGAGAAGGAAUCACAAGCAGAAACAGAAGUCCAAUCAGCUCCUAUGUCUGAUGCGGAUUGGUUGCGCUCAAAGACAAGUCGUUUGUUGGGCCUCCUCGAUGAGGAUGAGCAAGAUGAGUUUGAGCAACACAAGGCUGAUGCCCCUUCUGCUCCGGCAGCUUCUACUGCCCCAGCAGUUGUUGCUCCGGCACCUUCUUCGCCGGGCGAUGAGUCGCCACAGCGCGACGAGGAAUCCCGUACAAUGGCGUUUGAGAGUGUCGCGCCCAACACGACUGACGAUGACAGUAACACUCAAUCAAAACCUGAAGAUCCGAACGUUGACCUCAUUCGGAACUCUGCACGACUGUUUCUUAGAAACCUUGCAUACGACACGACUGAGUCGGAUCUUCAGCCGAUAUUCGAACGCUUUGGAAAACUUGAAGAGGUUAGUUAUCUUUUUCUCCUUUUGAUUUCAUACACCUACCCCCACUGGUAUGUCGGCUUCGCAGCCUGA